CGCAAGGCUUCCUGUAUGGGCUUUAUCGGUUGGAACAUCAUGUCUGUUUACGUCUCGGUCCACUCCUCCCUUUUCUCGUUUCGUUGGCCGCGAUAGGUCACAAACAGAAACGUUCAGAGGCAAAAAGGCACAUUGAAAGCUGUUGCCUGCCUAUUUGACUAUCCAUCGACAGCUUCCUGGACGGCAAUUGAAAACUCCAGUAUCUCGUCUCGGCACAGGAUGAUUCCCGCCCAAAAGAGCAGCACCACUGCCGCAAACACGGAGACGACUGACGCACACCCAAAAUAUGCCUUCAUCUGCAGACACACACGGGCUCAUGACACUACGCACGCCACUUGUGUCGAACGGGACAUUCGUGUUUUCACCACGUGGAGUGCGUUCCGCUCGUUCAAGUCUUUCUCCCCGCGCAUCAGAAAGGAAGCCCAGAGGAAGCCUGCCAUCAGACAUGCACAGAAUUCGAUCAUUUUCGAUAUUUCAGUGCUAGCAGGAAGCCACCUGGGAUAUCACAGCAGAGAGCUGCAACGGGCAGAAAACAGAAUGUGCAACCGUAUGAGACGCGAUAACACAAUUGAAUGCUGCAGGUGAGACAUGUCACAAACGAUGGGAUGCAAUCCCCAUUCAUUCCAUGAGUAGAUCAUACAUACGUUGAGUUUUCCGCUGGCAGCCGGCUCAUCUCGAGGUUGCAUCGGACAGCUCGUGAGGCGCGAAGUGCUGGACCGAUAAAACCGAGGAAGACGGCAUAGCCGAUCGUGACGUAGAUGAUCCCGAGCACACACCAGGCCUUCUCGUACAAGCGGAAAGCAUGGUCCAGAUACAGCAGCCCGACGAACGGCACGGUCACAAGGAAGACGGUCGUAUACGCCCAGCCGACGAAAAUGAAUAUGCGGUGCAGCAACGAGUCGCCGCCCUGCACGGUCUUCUUCUGCAAGAAACGCAACGCAAGGAUGGAAGCACAACACCACAACUAGGGAAUCAACGAUUGAUUGAAUAGCAGCUCACGAUUGCCUCUUCAAAGCGGAUGUAACGGAGUUUCCAUGCUAUCUACAUGGGCAAGAGACAUGGCAUGGCUAGGAGACCAGAUGCUGCCCCCAUAGUGUGUGUGUGUGUGUGUGUGUGGCUCACAUCCGAGAUUGAGGUCUCACGGAGUCCCGGCUGAUUGAAGAAAUCCCCUAGCAGCUCGAACUUCACCCUUUGCUCGUCUCCAUAGUAUUCCUUGAAUGUGUCGUUGAUAGUGCCGACCACAAACGAUGCGUACCAGAUGCUGAUUGUAAAGGCGCUGAAUGAAAAACGACAAGAGGAAAGACACGUGAAAACAUAUCUAUGAAUACGACCCUCCCCCCCAAAGAGGCUACAUAUCGAAAGCAGCUGAUCUGAAGGGCGAUUCAUCAUCGAAGGGGAAGUACAGAAGGGGCAGGGCUGAAGUGAGAAGAGUCCACCCGAAGAUCACCGCCACACCCUUACGGCGAGAGUACGCCUUUGCUUCCUCCUCCGCCACACUGUCAGCGUGCAACAUUUUCUCGUCGUCUGCAUACAUCAAAAUCAGCUGUCCGACGGGAACACUCUCUUCUGACAGCGUCUCUCCGUCUUUUCGCUGCGCAGCGUCCGCUUCUUGCCUGUCUUUAUCGUCCCCGCCCUCUUUGGCCAUGUUGCCUUCUUUUGCCUGCUCCUCGCCGUCCCGUUUAAUGCCCGCCUGCGCUCCAACAUCCAGCACGACGGCCGCUUUCUCUUCGGUUUCCUUUUCCCUUUUCUCCUUUUCUUCCUCUGACAGACAAACCCGCACAUAUGCCAUACAAGUAUAGCGGAUCGUUGGACUUUGCCAUACUUGUUUCGAGGCGGUACUUUUUUCUCUCAUCCUUCAGAGUGGUUUCACAUGUCUCUCCAGUUGACCUGCCAGGAAACGCUGGGCCAGGGCAUGGACAGCAAAGACGGCGUCCCCCGCUGCCAGUUGGCCCCUGGCCGGCGACAGCCAAGUCGCUCUCUCUGCUGUCUUUGUCGGCUUCCCUUCUUCGUCACUGGGCCCUCCUACUUGCGUUGCCCCCUGCCCUACUUCAUCUUCCCCACCACUCAGCUUCUUUCCGGACGCCUUGCUUUUCUGUGCUGCUGGUGAGGCCUCGUAUUUCUCCCUGGUGUCGUCCUUCUUCUUCUCUGCAGUCUCCUUGGUAGUACAAGUGAAGUAGCCUUUGAGCGGCAGCCAAAUCGCGCAACCUUGAACCAAGAGCGCGACGAAAAAGAAAAUGGAAUGAGCCCCAAGUCCAGCGGAGCCAAUGGUCCUGCAGGUAGAACAAGAGAAAAUGCAGCAACAGAGACAUGGCGUGCGUCUGAUUACGUGAGGCCAAAGAGGAGACAAAACUGGGCAAGCUCCAUGAGGGUGAUGGCGGCUUUCUUCAAAUUGUCGCGCACCAGGCUCCGGAUGCCGGAAAUUGUGCAAGUACAUUGGAUGUUGCCCGUGGAGUCCUCCAGGAGGUUCUCAAUGAGGCCCGUGACAAUGGCGAGCAGGGUGAAGGUGAGAAAGAGUGUCCAUGGAUAGUCCUGAGAAUUCAACGCGUGGAGACGCCCAUGAAAUCAUCUACGUACGGCAUCAUGUACCUCAUCCACGACGAGAAUGGCCCAUACGUCCUGCAACAGCAUCAUAAGCACUGCGUGCAGGUUCAUCACAUUUGUGGGCUCAAUCUCACCUCGGCCAAGGUCAAAAGCUGC